ACGGUAGAACAAGAGGUGUAGAAAAUAACUAGUAGCGUCUGCAACAUCGUAGCUGAACGAUUGAGGGUUUAAUAAUUUCCAUUGUCUUUACUAACAAUCGUCACAAUGUCUGAACAUAAAGUCAAGAUAAUCAGUAAUGUGGCUGAGCUGGAAGAAACACUGAAAAAUGCUGGAGACAAGCUUGUUGUAAUUGAUUUUUCCGCUACAUGGUGUGGCCCAUGCAAAAUGAUUAAACCAAAAUAUGAAGAGCUAUCUCUCAAAGAGGAAAUGCAAAAUGUUAUAUUUCUGUCAGUUGAUGUCGAUGAGGCAGAAGACGUGGCUAUGGCAUAUCAGAUCGAAUCCAUGCCCACUUUUGUGUUUUUAAGGGAUAAUAAAAAGCUUGAGCAGUUCUCUGGAGCUAAUCUUGACAAGCUCAGUGAUACAAUAAAAAAACAUAUGCCUCAGUAACUACAAACGCGCACAAGAUUUAAACACAGUUUAAAAUAUACAGUAAUUAUUCAUUGAAAAUUAGAAGUUUUAAAAACGACUUGCUAAUCAACAGAGAGAAAAUAGUAUGCAAGUUUUGUAUGCAGCAUAUUGCUGCUGAUGAAAUAUUUUUUUGAUCAGUUGCAUUUUUUUUUUUUUUUUCAUCUAGAACCAAUCAAAUGGUCAUCACAAUAUACAAGAUGCACUAUCAUUUUAAAUUUUUUGUGCUAUCAAUCUUGGAUUUUUUUACAGUAAAAUUAUAGUUUAUUGAAUAUGUAUUGUAUUUUGAAUGAACAUUUAUUUUUGAUUGAACUAUAUGAGUAGAAAAGUAUUACCACAUUUUUAAAAUUGCUGAUACCAAAUGAAAAAUCAUGUAAAAAGUCUAAUGCGGCUAAAAACUUAAAUUGAAUUUUGAAGAAAUUGGAAUUUACGUAAAAAUUAAGAGUUAUAUAAACAAAACAAUUGCAUGCUUAAUAUUUUUAAUAAAAAAGAAACUGGUAUUUUAAAAAAAACUUAAGAUUCGUCACUUAAACGCAUUCAAUAAAAUUUCACUGUACAAAACUGUAACAUGAAUAUCUGCAACGCUUAUGUGAACGUUAAUUGUAUCUGCAUCAGUGCCAGUAAAGAACUGAUAGGUAAAACGUUUUGACAUGAGUUGUAUUGUACGGCGAUAAAUAAACAAGUUAUUAAAAUUA